AUCUUACACUUGUCUUUACUGAUGACGCAAUAUCUGUCUUGUUGGAAGGUGAUUUAAUCUGUGUACCAGACAGAAACUUCGAAGAGACAACAAGAAAAAUAAUUGCACUGACUCACACGAAUGCUAUCCUACCUUAUCAGUCUGUAUACUGAGAAAGAUGUCAGUCACUGAGGAUGUUCCUGAUAUGGAUGGGGCGGAUCUUCUGGGGAUCCUGUUCCAGGAAGGAGAUACGGGAGUUAACGACCCCUUCUUCCCAUAUGGAAGUGGGCUAGAAAACUGGCUCUCUGAGCAAGAUAUGCUGACAGGCAUGGACACUGAGGACUUCCUGUCCAGCUUGCUUGAGGGAGAAAACAACAUGGCCACCUCCUGUCUCUCCCACUCUCCACAGGGCAGCGAUAGCGGCAUCUCUGAAGACAGCAGCACUGGCGGCAUAGUCGGACAGAAUUUCCUGGCCUUCACCAGUUCCCAGGGGAGUGACGGUGACCCUGCGCCCAGCCCAGGGUACUCCAACAAUCGCCUGAUUGCCCUGGAGCUCCAGGCUGAGAACCCUCAAGCCCUGACCGUGCAGACAGACCACAGCUACUAUCUGCUCCAGGAAGAGGACAUGGAUGCUCUACAGAGCGUGAGGGCAGAGAAGCUGGAUAUGGAUGUCUUUAUUGAUCUGGACGACCUGGACAGUGAGGGGAUGGAAAUGGAACAGGAUUAUUCCAGUGAAGAACUACCCUGCACUUUUUCCAUAGAGGACUCUACACAGGACAACCAAGCGGAUCUGUUCCAGUUCAAGGAGAUCGUCCUGACCGAUGAGGAAAAGAGACUUCUUGUUAAAGAAGGAGCAGCCAUACCGUCUUGCAUGCCUCUUACUAAGACUGAGGAGAGGACACUGAAGAGGGUGAGGAGAAAGAUCCGCAACAAGCAGUCGGCCCAGGAGAGUAGGAAGAAGAAGAAGGUGUAUGUGGAUGGCCUGGAGAACAGGGUUUCCAUCUGCACUGCUCACAACCAGGAUCUGCAGAAGAAGGUCCAACUGCUGCAGAAGCAAAACAUGUCUCUAAUAGAGCAGCUGAGGAAGCUGCAGGGCAUGAUGAAGAUGUCUACCAUGAAGACAACCACCACCAGCACAUGUGUCAUGGUGUUCCUGCUGUCUUUCUGCCUCAUCGUCUUCCCCUCUGUCAACCCGUUUGGCCGCAGCCCUGGACAGAAGGAGAUAUACACCCCCUCCUCCGUUGUCUCCAGGACCCUGCGCUCUGUUGCUGUUGAUGACACCCCAGACCCUCUGCCCCUGGCUUACUCUGAGCCUGGGGAGGAAGUAGAUGAUGCUGAGCCUCCCCCUCUCAGUCUCCUCCUAGUGGCCAAGGUGGAGAACACCAAGGCCAUGUUCACUGGUGGGCAGAACCACACACCAGACUACCAGAAAGUGGAGCAGUCUGAAUCUGAGAGUGGGUUCAACAGCAACUCGUCUGCAGACUUCCCCAGUCCUGGUCAGGCCGAGCUGAACCCGGGGGCCGGACCCGGGGCUGGGGGCCUGCAGGAGGGAUCCAGGGAUCCAGUGGGAAAGGCUGUGGCUUAUGAGGUUCCAGGGACCAAGGAGAACUGGACUGACAGGAAGCCUACAUCCAUCAUUAUACAGCAACACCGCUCGGACGAGAUGUAAACAGAAGAGCUGGUGGUGAAUGAACUAAAGAAGGGAAUGGUGGGAGAGGGUUAAUUAAAGGUUUCAGUCGUUAUUGAUCAUGUUAAUUGAAACUUGGUGGAUGAAGAGAAAAGGGUAUUGGGACGUUUUGUUAUUACAGUAUCCUCUGUCUUUACCUGAUUAUCCUCCUUUCCUGGUAAUACUACUGUUCUUCUUGGAGCACUUUGUUCUAAUGCCUUGUUCAAGUGCUAGAAUGGACUGCUGAGAUUUCCAUUGUUAUGCAUAGUCAUCAUCCUCUCAUCGAGGGGAAAAAGCGCACUAUGAAAAUGAGUAGUAAUGUGUUGACAUCCCAUGAUUGCUGAAGACUUUCUAAAACCUGAAUUCUCUAUUGAAAAACAAAACAAACUGACAACAGUUAAUUCUGUCCACCUGUGUGGUGCAUCUCCAGCAUGUGUUGAUAUGUACCUUGCUAGCGAUUUACCAGUUCCUUUCAUAGUGUAUAGUUAAGUUCUCUGUUAGUUUGAACAGUCAACAUCCAUAGUAUAAAUGCAUUCUCAUGAUUCUAGAUCAAAACUGUUGAUCUGUAUACACUGCUUUAGCCAUUGCAGGACAUUUGGCCAUUUUAGAUUUUGUGUGAAAAAAAAUAUAUAUAUAUAUGUAUUUCCCUUGUAACAAGGGUAUUCGUGCUUUCUUUGAUUUGUUUUGCUUUUGGUACAAAUUUAAAUAUGAUAAAUAGUGCUCUGUAAUUAAUCCCCAUUUUCAGGAGCCAGUGGCUGAACCAUUUUCACAAGUUUAGACCUUUUUAUGUUAAGAGCUGUUUCAGUCCUUUAUCCAGUGGUUCACAGUCUGGACCUGUUUUUACCCCUGUACACCUCUGGAUACCUUUCAAGUCUGUGUCAUAUGGAGAGGUGAACAUUUAACAUAUGUUAAUUCAGUGUUGCAGUUUAACUAUUCUCAAAUGUAAUGACCUGUCAGUCCAUUCAGUGAGGCAUUUUUGUUAGAGUACAUUGUGUAUUUUCUGGGUUAUCAGUGAUUUUAUGAAGUCUAAAUGGUAUUGGAACUUUUGGUUAUUUUUGUACCUAUCAAAGAUAUUUCAUUUGGCUUAAUCAGGUUAAGAAAUCACUAAUCCCGGUUUGAAAUGUAAAUCGGAUGGAAUGAUUGUAAUGUGCGUUUUCAACUCUUAUUGUUUGACACUGAUCGUCAUUAAAAGUCCCUUUUUUUAAAAUUCAAA